AAACAAAAGUGCUCGCCAGUAGCUUUCGGGUUUCAUUUCCGGGUGGGUGGUUUUGAUUGAGCUGUAAACACUAGCUAAUGAUUAUCUUGGCUUGUGGUAGUAUGAAUUUGUUGCUUGUAAUCAAUAAGUGAAGAAGCCAGGGGCCAAUUUGCCAACAAGUCUGCACACGAUCCACUGCUACUUAUACAGCUCAUGCCCGUCACCUGAUUAGUUUAGCUUGGCUCCACUCCAGAGUUCAGACUUGAGAGCAUAGCAGAGAGGUGUUGAUGGCGGUGGACGAAUCGUUCAAGAGGCCAGGCUCCAUCCCCUUCAAGUGGGAGGUGCAGCCGGGCAUCCCCAAGAAGGAGGCGCCACCAGCCGGCGACAGCGACACCACGACGGCAGCGCUCCCUCCGGCGACUCCGAGGCUGGCGCUCCCUCCCGCCGCCCGCGUCAGCGCGCUGGCCUCAUCCGCGUCGUGCCGGCGCAGCCCAACGGUGCCCUCGGCGCCGCCGAUCUCGCCGUCGGAGACGCCACCGCCGUCGUCGCAGCACCGGCGGACCAUGUCGGCGCGCUUCGCCACGUCGCUGGCGCUGCCCUUCACGCGGCGGCCGCGCCGGGGACGCGCGGCCAAGGACGACGUCGACUACUGUCUCCUCUACAGCGAGAAGAUCGCGUAAAAGAAAACUCUGUGUGUGACAUGUUGUGUGUUUUACUUCAAAAAAAAAGACAUGUGUGUGUACAGUAAUAAAAAAUCGUGUGCAACAUGUAUAUGCAGCAGUUUGUAUGAACGAACAAUCGAAGCUGCUAGUUCUCAGUUGAUGCAUCGUCGUGAUCCCCA